AAACAAAUUUAAAAAACGCUAACAUUUGCAAAUAGUAGUUAUUUUCUCAGCGAAAGCCUCUGUGAAUCGUGAUUUACUGCAGGAGAGCUCAAAAUAUGCAAACGCAGUUGUUUUUCCCCCAGUGCUGUUGUUGAUUUCAUUAAGGAAGCAAAGAUGGAAUGUAUUACUGGGGCGAGAGUGCAGCCUUCUCUACGCUGAUCCCAAACCAAUUUAAACCUUGCGGGGAGAGGACUCGCACCACUUGGAUACUUCUUGCUCAGAGACGCUCGUUUCCUGGAUGUUGUUUUGCUUUGGUGGGGAGGCAAAGGGGAUAGAUAGACACCGCCUGGCACUGGAGGAAGCGCUGCUAUGGUUUCUGAACUGCAGAUGUGAAUACGGCAGGGCACAAAUCCGGCACCGUGCAAGAGAGGCAGAGAGAACGGAGAACGGGGGUGACAACUGCCCAGCCAGACGGUUCACCCACCCCCGCCCCCAGAGGAAGGGAAAUGACUCGCCCCCCAAAUCUGUGACAUUUAUCUGCAAUAGCAGCGUAGAAGCGGCGGAUUUCCGAACAUCUGUCCCGCUUUGAUAUGGCAGAAGGAAAUCCUGCUUUCUGGAAGACUUUUGAAAGUUAAUCCCGGGUCUUUCUAGAUCAUAUACAUACAUAGAGGGACUCCUUCCGAAGCAACCUUUAUCCGCUGUGGGUUUUUUUAAAAAGAAAGGACUCCCACCCUCGCUCUCAUCUCCAGUGCACGCUGGUAUCUGGGAGGCGAGCGUCUCCGGGCUGUGGUGUGAGUGAGUGAGUCGGGUUACCGCGGGGAGUGUGUUGCCACUCUUGUCACAGCGAGCAGCGGGCAACAACUGCGGUCCCUCUCUGUACUGACUGAUGCUGAAACAUGGAAAGUGUCAACUCCUCGCUUUGUGCAGCGCUGCUGCUGUUGUUUGUCCAGCUGGUUACUCAUUGCCCCGGGGCUGCCGAGAGAGAGAAGAAACGGCAACAUUGCAACGAGCAGCUAGAGUUGUUGUUGGCCACAGCUUGUACCUCCUGUGCGAUAAGCCAAAAUCUCUUCUGUCCUCGUGGCUUCCAGAAGGUUGGACAAGGCAUCGGGAUUCAAGACUGCAGUUUUACUGUGGACAUGGGUGGAGAGCAGCAAAUUACACAAGUCGGUUGCAGACAUAUGUGUAAGAAGAACGUCACUGUAUCCAAGUGUUGCAAAGGAUACUGGAGCCAGGAUUGCCUAGAAUGCCCUGGUGGAUUUGUAAAUCCUUGCAAUGGUCAUGGCCCAUGUUCAGAUGGAAUAACAGGGAACGGAAGAUGUGUUUGUGAUCCCAAGUACAAAGGAAUGGCUUGUGAGGAGUGUGCAGACGAGAAAGCGUAUGGCCCUAACUGCGUUGUGGGAUGCAAAUGUGUUCAUGGAAUCUGCAACAAUGGGAUUACUGGAGAUGGAAGCUGCAUUUGUUUUUCUGGUUACACCGGGCCACAAUGUGAACAAGAGAUGCCUGCUUGCAAGACCCUUCAAUGUGGAAACAGCACUCAGUGCAUCAUGGAAAAGGCAGAGAAGCCAACCUGUUCGUGUCUGCCUGGUUUCCAAGACUUUGAAAGAGCCUGUGUGGCAUUAAAUCCAUGUACUACGAACAUCUGUGCGGAGAAUGCAGAUUGCGAAUACUUUGGUGAAGGCAAAUAUCAAUGUAUUUGUCAUCCUGGUUACCAUGGAAAUGAAAAGCUGUGUUUGCCGAUCAACCCUUGCAGCACCGAUAAUGGUGGCUGUCCGGAACGUUCCACCACUUGCAAGUAUGAGGGGCCAGGACAGUCGUCUUGCAAGUGCAAAGAUGGAUUCAUCGGCAAUGUUCCUUCUGAAGGCUGCACCCUGAAAGAAGUUUGUAAGCCAUCUCUCUGCAAUAAGUCAGCAAAGUGCGUAACAGUAUCACCCGGAAACUUUGAGUGUGCUUGUAAACCAGGUCAGAUUGGAGAUGGGCGCAAGUGCAUCGGCCCUAUCAGGGAGGUGAUCGAGAAGCUACUCACACACCAGUUUACUACUGCACCAAUUACAAUGUUCGAUAAUGGAUGCUUGUUGACACUGAGUAAAUUGGGGCCUUUUACCGUUUUUCUUCCCCUUAUCAAUAAUCUAAAAGCACCCACGGUAGAAGAAAUGGAGAGGUUUUCAUGCAAACAACAUAUUGUCUCUGGUAUUCUGCUGCUUAAGGAUUUAGUAAACAUGAAGACAUUUGAAACAUUGGCUGGCGAUACAGUUGAUGCGACUGAAAGUGGAACGCUGCGACUUCAAAACCAAACAUACACCUUGGUGAGAGGAGACAUAGUUGCAUCCAAUGGCAUCAUUCAUAUCAUUGACCACUUUUUAGUUGGAAGUUCUGAAUAUCUCGGGAAUCCACAGAAAACCAUUGCCGAGAUCUUUGCCAGUGAAGAACUGUUUAGUAGAUUUGAAACUAUCCUUGAGAAUUGUGAUCUACCUCUGAUACUGGAUGGUCCUGGUCCUUACACUGUAUUUGCUCCAAGCAAUGAGGCAGUGGACACACUCCGAGAUGGAACUUUAUUCUAUAUGUUUGGUGAGGGCCGGCCAAAACUUCAAGAGCUAGUGAAACAUCAUAUCUUUUCAUCAGGCAAUCUGCCAGUUGAUAGGUUGUCAACCAUGUCUCGAAUUAUGACAAAAGCCAACCAGAUAAUAUCCAUUAAUGUCACAGCCAAUGGUCGGAUUUUGUUGGGGGAUACAGGGGUUCCUGUACAUAAAAGGGAUAUUGCUGCUUCUAAUGGCAUAAUUCACACCUUGGAUGGCAUCCUUAUUCCUUCAUCAAUAAUCCCCAUCUUGCCGAAAAGAUGUGAUAAAAUCCAGCAUCGUAUCAUAACGGCCCCCUGUGGACAUUGCUCUUUGGUGCAUAAUAGUCGCUGCCCGGAUGGAAGCACACCAAUGGAAUCAUACGAAGAAGAUUGUUUAUAUCACACAUCAAAAGGAGAGCUUAUCUUUAGCAGCAGCUCUGGCUGUGCAAGGCACUGUAACCUAACUUAUGCUGUACGAAAAUGCUGUAAAGGAUUCUACGGACCAGAUUGCAAAGCCUGCCUGGGAGGUUUUCAACAUCCAUGUUAUGGACAUGGAGAAUGCUCUGAUGGAAUAGAAGGAGAUGGUACAUGCAAAUGCUAUUCAAACUUUAAGGGAAUUGCCUGUCACAUUUGUUCUGAACACAAUAAACACGGCCAAAACUGCACCAUAGACUGCCCUUGCUUGCACGGCAUUUGUGAUAACAGACCUGAAAACUCUGGCAUUUGCCAGCCUGGCACGUGCAUGGAGGGAUUCACAGGCACAUUCUGUGACCAGAAGACCGAGCCAUGUGGCCCAUAUAGUUUAUCUCAGUAUUGUCAUGCAUUUGCCGUGUGUGAAUACCACAAUGAUACAGCCAGAUGUCGAUGUAAGAAUGGAUAUAAAGGUGAUGGAAUUUCCUGUCAAGUUGAGGAUCUUUGUAAAACUCCUUAUCGUGGAGGAUGUGCUGAGAAUGCAGAAUGUUUUAAUCUAGGUCCUGGGAAUGUGACCUGCCUAUGUAACACUGGAUGGACUGGCGAUGGGCGAGACUGCAUUGAAAUAAAUGAAUGCUUAUUGAGCUCACGAGGAGGAUGUGACGAAAAUGCUGACUGUCAAUAUAUUGGUCCCGGACAGAGUCAUUGUGUGUGCAAGAGAGGAUUUGCUGGUGAUGGCAUGAUAUGCUCGAUAAUUGAUCCAUGCGUAGAAGAGAAUGGUGGAUGCCACGUAUUGGCUGAAUGUGAACCGACUAAGAAUGGGAACCGGAAGUGUACCUGCCUUCAAGGCUAUGCUGGAGAUGGGAUGAUGUGCUUUGGGGAUAUAUUAACAGAGUUGGCAUCAAGUGCGCACUUUUCAAGUUUCAAUAACUGGCUCCAGAAAUCCGGGGACAAUGUGGAGAUCCCGGCAGGAGCUAAUGUCACAGUUCUCGUACCUUCAGAAGCAGCCAUAGAAGACAUGGAUAAGGCUACACUAGAAAACUGGGAACAACAGGAGUAUCUACCAAUGAUAGUCAAGUCACAUUUUAUUAUGGGUGGACAUACCGUCGAGGACUUAAAAGAAUAUGAAGGACAUAACUUAUCAACUAUGAAUAUAUUUAUCAGGUUACCAAUCAAGAAUGAGAAUGGGAGUCUAACCAUUCGUGGGGCAAGAAUUGUAAUGCCUGAUAUCGCAGCGGUGAACGGCUACAUCCACAUAAUUGAUCAGAUUUUGAUCCCUCCGUUGGAAAAUUUGCCACAACUUCCACCUGGAUUGCUGGAUCUUCUAGAACAAUUACCUCAGUAUUCCUAUUUCAAGCAGUUAUUGCAGCAAUACCAUCUAAUUCAUCAGCUGGAAUCCUCCAAACAGUACACCAUAUUAAUACCAGAAAAUGCAGUACUUGAAGAGUACUACGGAGCAGAGAAUAUUGAACAGUUGGUGAAGUAUCAUAUUAUUCCUGGGGAAAAGCUCCUGCCUGAUAAAAUCAAGGAUGGAAUUCAUAAGGGAACAAUGCUGGGAUCGUUGUAUCAAGUAAUAUUCUACAGGAGGAAAGGUCAGAUUUUUGUAAAUGACGUACCAUUAAAUGAUUUUCACAAUGUGACAAGAAAUGGAAUAUUGCUGGGAACAACGCAUGUCCUCCAAUUACAGAAGAAUAGAUGUGAUACAAAUGAGAGUUUAAUUGUAGAGGGAACUUGCGGCAGCUGUGAUGUUGAGCCCAUCUGCCCUGAAGGGACAGCUCCUAUUAAACUUCAAGGCCAAGUCAGAACACCAAACUGCAAUUAUAAACAAUUUAGAUAUGGGAGAAAUGUGGAAUACGCUGGCUGCAGACCUAAUUGUACGCAAGUCAUUAUUACUUUAGAUUGUUGUGUGGGAUACUUUGGAGCACGGUGCCAGAUGUGCCCUGGCAUGCCACGUGCUCUGUGCUCCAAUUAUGGCAUCUGUCAGGAUGGUAUUAAUGGAACCGGAGAGUGUCUGUGUCACGAAGGAUUUCAAGGCACUGCCUGUGAAUCUUGUGAAGCUGGAAGAUACGGAACAAACUGCGCACUUGAAUGCUUGUGCGCAAAUGGGAACUGCAAUGAUGGGCUAGAUGGUGACGGAAGCUGUUACUGUUACAAAGGAUGGGAAAGUAAAUAUUGUGAUAAAGAAAUUGUAACAGAUCACUGCAAUGGAACAUGUCAUCCCAGUGCCAAUUGCAUUCUAGGGUCACCUGGUUCUCUGCCCUCUUGCUUGUGCUCUGCUGGUUACACAGGAAAUGGAUCUUACUGCUCAGAAAUCAAUCCUUGUGUGAUGAAUAAUGGUGGCUGUUCGGACCAUUCCAACUGCACCAAUGUUUCCACGGGAGAGAGAACAUGUACCUGCUGGGACGGUUAUGUUGGGGAUGGGCUCGUCUGUUUAGAAAUUGAUGGGUGUGUAGAACAAAAUGGAGGUUGUCAUGAAAAUGCAGAAUGCACCAAAACUGGACCAAAUCUGGUCGCAUGCAACUGUCUCCCAGGUUACAACGGUGAUGGCCGGAAAUCCUGUCAGCCCAACAACCCUUGCAAGAAGAAUAAUGGAGGCUGCGGUUCAUUUGCCCGCUGCAAAAGAACAGGACCUGGUACUCGAACAUGCAGCUGUUAUCAGGGCUACAAAAUGAUAGGACGUACAUGCAGAGGUGUUAUCUUUCAGGAACUGGAGCGAGAACCAAGAUUUGCUGCCUUCCACAAAUACCUUCAGAGGAACUCCGUCAAUGAACUUGAAGGAAAAGGGCCGUUCACUGUGUUCGUGCCAAAACACAGCGCACUUUCUCAAACCACGAUAGAAAAAUGGGAAUCAAGUGGUUUGAUAAAAGACCUACUUCGUUAUCACAUAGUCGGCUGUGGAGAACUGUCAGAAACUGAACUAAAGGAGCAGACUGCCCUUGUUGCCUUAUCUGGGAACACCAUUCAAAUCUCCUCAAAAGAGAAUGUAAUUUAUUUGAAUGGCGAUGCCCAAAUUAUCACAACAAAUUACAUCACAGCAAAUGGGAUUAUCCAUUACAUCAACAAAGUCUUGGUUCCAUUCAAAUUGAAGCCUAACAUGCAAAUAUCCACCUCAUCUCAGUCUAGUCUCAUCACUGUUGCGAGUGAAAAUGGAUACAAAAUGUUUAGUAAUUUGAUUAAGGAAACAAAUCUUCUACCUCUAAUAGAAGACCCAAUUCACAAACCAUUCACUAUGAUGUGGCCGACAGAUAAAGCAUUUAAUUCUCUUCCGAAAGAGAGGAAGGAUUGGCUUUUUAGUAAAAAGAACAGACACAAUCUUGUGGAAUACUUAAAAUUCCACAUGAUCAGAGAUUCAAAGACGUUAGCCGCAGACCUUCCGCUCAAUAAUGCCAAGAGGACAAUGCAAGGAUCAGUGGUUUUAGUCAGUUGCAACCCUACCAUGAUUGGGGAUUUGAUCGUGAAUGAUGGAAGCGCGCAGAUUGUUCAACGGCAUCUGGAAUUUGAUGGGGGAAUUGCGUAUGGCAUCAACAGCCUCUUGGAGCCUCCAAGUGUAGGAGCUCAGUGCGACGCACUUACAAUGGUCCCUGUCAUCGGUAAAUGUGGUAGCUGUUUGAAGCCUCCUUUCUGUCCGCCUGGAUCAAAACCUCAGGAUGGUUCCGAAUACCAAUCUUGCUACUAUGCUAAAUUAACCAUGGCUCAGAUUGUGACUCAUAUUCUCAGCCAUCGAAAGAGGCAAGGAAUCUCACCAUUUUCCUUUGGCUCCAGAGUAAAUCCAUGGAGCCCUUCCAGUCCUCAGGUCCGCAUACAUGGAUGUAGCAGGCAAUGUGUUCAUCCUUUAUGGAUUCCCCGAUGUUGUAAGAAUCAUUACGGCCCUCAAUGUCAAGAAUGCCCUGGGGGCAUAGAGAACCCUUGUAGCUUCCAUGGCAAGUGCAAUGAAGGAAAGCAUGGAAAUGGAACAUGCGAUUGCUCACAAGGAUUCAGGGGAACAGCCUGCGAACUGUGUGGAGAAGGAAGAUAUGGAUCAGACUGCAAAAAAUGCAACUGCUCAGAAAAUGGGAUAUGUGAUGAUGGAAUUGCUGGUGAAGGAACCUGUUUCUGUAAAGGAGGCUGGACUGGAAAAUACUGUGAAUCACAAUCUGAUACAGUCCCUGUUUGUUACCCGAAGUGUGAUAGCAAUGCUGUUUGCCGAAGAGACAACAAUUGUGAGUGUAAACUCUACUAUGAAGGGGAUGGACGACAAUGCACAGUGGUUAACCGCUGCGAGGACUCUAAUGGAGGUUGCCAUCGUCAUGCCGAGUGCAUUCAAGUAGGAGUUAAGGUCACCUGUACCUGUCACCCGGACUAUGAAGGAGAUGGCAAUGUCUGCAUGCCCAAGGACAAGUGUCUCGAUGGCAGAAAUGGCGGGUGCCAUGAGCAUGCAAUAUGUUUCUUCAUUGGUCCGGGUAAACGAAGGUGCGAAUGCAAAGAAGGAUUCCGAGGAGAUGGUAUCCAGUGUCUGUUUAACGUCAAGCCUCCCAUCGACCGCUGCCUUGAAAUGGAUGAUCAAUGUCAUCUCAAUGCCUUCUGUGAAGACCUUCACUUCCAAGAUAAAACAGCUGGAGUCUUCCAUUUGCAGUCACCCGAUGGGAAGUACAAGUUCACCUAUGACGAUGCAGUUGAUGCCUGCAAUGCAGAGGGUGCAACACUGGCAAGUUUUGACCAACUUGCAACUGCGCAACAGUUUGGCUAUCACCUGUGUGUAUUCGGAUGGAUGGCUGAGAUGAAGGCAGGGUAUCCCAUAACCCACAUUAACCCUAGCUGUGGUUAUGGCAACAUUGGGGUCUUUGAUUAUGGCGUGAGGGCAAAUGUGAGUGAGCAGUGGGAUGCUUACUGCUUUAGGAUGCAAGACAUUCAAUGUAUAUGUAAGGAAGGCUUCGUUGGUGACGGCUAUUUCUGCAAUGGGAACCUAAUGAACGUCAUCUCGAGUCACUCCAAUUUUUCCAUCUUUUACACUACAUUGUUGGACUACGGCCAAGCGACUGAAAAGGGAAAGGAGUUGCUCGAGUUCCUGUCAGACGAGACAACAAAUGAAAUGUUAUUCAUUCCUUUAGACUCGAGCCUGGGAGAAAGUGAGGCCUUAUCGUGGAGUGAUCUUGAAAACCAUGUCACCAGGAACAGUACCUUCCUUUUCUACGAUGAGUUGAGUAACAAUACACUUGUUCCAUCCAGAUUAGGAUAUGAUCUUCACAUUGGAGUAUCACCUGUAAAUAACAUUGCCCUUAAGGAUUCAAAGUUGGUGAAUGGCAUUCUUAUUUUGAAAUGGGAUAUCAUUGCCACCAAUGGAAUUAUCCACGCCAUAACAGGACCUCUAACAGUUCCAAGUCCGCUUGCAGCAUCUUCAAAAUCGUCUCACAUUGCCCUUGGCGCAGUGCUCGGUCUGCUCUGUUUGAUUGGUGUUGUUGUCGCUGGCCUUAUGGCUUGGUUUCGUCGCAGGAACGAGGGGUUCCGCUUUCAAUACUUCAAGUCCGAUGAUGACGAUAAUGUGGGCCUUAAACCAGAGGGCAAUCCUGCUUUGGUCUCAGUACCAAACCCACUGUAUGGCGCAUAUGGGUCAGCUUCAGAUAAUACGGCUGAGCCUUUUGAGGUAAGGAAUGACGAUGAUGAAUAUGAAUCAUAUUCAUAUACGCAGAAGAUUCUACACGACUGAAGUUGGACCUCACUGCUUUUUACUCUCAGCUCAAUAAAUGCGGCGGCUUGCAAGGAUGCUACAGGUGGGGAAACCAUAAGCUCCAAAUAAAUGGAACGCUUUGAGGAGGAGCUUGGGAGCUGUCCAGGGGCAGUUGAACAAAAUGAACAAAGAAAAUCGUUGAUCCAGGUGUGCGAACCCUUUGACAGACACACCAAGCCCUGUGCAUGGCAGACCCACCACACUCCAUGGGUUUAUGCAGUAGUCAGGAGACUCUAGAAAGAUUGAAAAUUUAUUUUUACAUUUUGUACUAAUGGUUAAAAGUAACACUGUUUACAUGUUCCGACGUGCCAAAAGGACAUUGCCAUCUUCACUACUUGUUUGUUUCACGUUGUUAAAAGUAAUCACGAGACGAUUGGAUUUUCAUUUCCUUUUGACAUUUUAAAAGUGCGUUGAAGACGACAUUAACAGCAAACAAUAGUGGAAUUGCUCAGCCGGUCUGGCACAAAAUAAAGUCUAAAGCUACAACGGAAUCAAGUAGAGAUCCUUUCAAACCCUCAGGUGGAGGGGGGAUAUUUACCAAAAUACAUCUCUCUAUUUCUGCUUGCCAAACUUAGUGCAAACUUUGUAAUUCAAGGUUUUGUUUCAGAUCUAUAACUGCAGUGUGCCUUUAUCCUACUAAUAAAUGCCUAAUGUAAAUUCCUGUUCUUCAGCCUACUUUUGAAUCCUGUACUUCAAAAGUUGGAAUGCAUGUUUAAAUGGAGUUGGACAGGCUACAGGGUGAGAGAAUCAUUUGUAUUGAGCUAGGAGCAAGCAGCUCAUUCUUGCUCCUUGAUGUGCACUAGAUGGGAAAAGGCUGUUGACGUCAGGUUUUACUGGGCUCUAUCACCACCACUUCACCUCUCCAAAACACACACACACACACACAACACACACACACACACAACAGGGGUCUUUUUGUAUAUCAUGUUUAUACUGGAUCAAGCGAAAUGGAAAUAAAUGAAUUUUUAUUAAUAUUUAA